AUUUCGCAGACAACUUAAUUGCGCACUUAAACUCACUCGUUCUUCUCAGUGGCUCAGAAUUCCUAGCAUCAUGCACAUCUUCAAAGUUCUCCUCCACAUCGCUCUUUGCUUUGUCCUCAUGACGGCUAUCUUUGCUCACGAAGACGGAGCCAAGCACGGGGACCAUGUGGACGACAAGGACCACCAUGAGGACCACCCGGACCACGAGAAACAUGGGGAUCAUGUUGACCACGCCGCCCACGAGGGAUAAAUUUCAUAGACAAUUUUGGGGGAAGAAAAUAUAUAGAGGAAGAAAAACAGAAACAUAUUGUUCAGGGAUUUUAAUUGAAUAGAAAUUUCUUCAUUAUUUUGUUACUUUUUCAGACGAGUGACACGAAUAAACGUUUCCUCUUUUAUAAUAAUGAAUUUAAAAUGUGA